UUAUUACACGAGGAAUUUUUUGGUUGGUGAUUUUCUGUCAAAUAGGGCGUUUGACAGAAAAAAAACCCGCUGUCCGUGUAAUAACACAAUAUGCUGCACAGAUUUUUAUUGCCAUCAUCCGAAUUAUUUUUCAUUUGAAUUGUCCGUUAUUCUAAAAUGGAAUGAAAUAUUUAUCAUUAACACGUAUCGUACCAUGCCGGGCACCGACUGACGAUGCCAUUAUGAUAGGGAUACUUUUUCGUGACCGACAGCACUUUGGUCAGACGAACAUUCGGUUAGAGAUUUUUCGGUUCAAGCUGGUCCCACAUCACUUUCUAAGCAUGAUUGUUCAAAUGUUUCAAAGAAAAUAUACUGAACAAUACAGUCUGGCGUUGUUUUCGUGCUUGUUCCAUUCUCUUCGGUCACCGCGCGCUGUUCCGCUGGUUACGAAGAAUUGCGAGCCGAACGGUUAGCAGUGCAAAAUCACCGCGGUAGCGAAGGUGUUAACGAAGAGGCCGACCAGUAACGAAGAAAUAGCUUUUUACACAUACUGCUGCAUUCAAUCUCUUUUCGUGGAAUAUCCGAAUCCGAGUAGGCCGGUGCAAAUUCUCGGACUCGCAGGGUACAAAUUUUUUUUUUCGUGUUUUUGCAAGCAUUCGAGUGCAAGUUACUUCAUGUCCAUCAGUAGCAAAUCAACCUCGUGCUAAAUAAGGCCUGAAGAUGCCGAAAGAUUUCAAUUUAAUUAGUGAUCUGAUUGAAGCGUACAAAAACUACCCUUGCUUGUGGGAUAAAUCUAAUGCAAAUUUUAAAAAUUUGCAUGUCAAGCAGACGGCAUAUGGAGAGCUGCUCGAGGUUGUUCAACUACACGCUCCAGAUGCCAGUAUCGAUUCGGUCAAGAAGAAGAUUUUGAACUUGAAGAAAUCAUUUCAAGUGGAACAAAACAAAAUAUUGAAAAGUGCACGGAGUGGAGCUGGAAGUGGAGAGGUUUACGUACCAAAAUUGUGGUAUUAUGAGCAAAUGCUUUUUCUUAAAGAUAGUUCUGAAGCACCUCGAGUAUCUAGUAUGGACAGCGACUUUGAGGAAGAGAUUAUCGAGGAAGAAAUCAUUGAUUCAAUACCGAAUCACCCCGACUGCAGCUUCACAUCCGAUGAAGCACAGGAUCAACCCGGACCAUCACAGUCCCGCAAAAGACGAUAUGCAGAACCGGUCAACGAGCGCAAUUUGCGACGAAAGGUGAUGCAGUUGGUGGUGGAAAGAAUGGAAAAUCCAUCAAGGCAGACAAACGCAUCAACUAAUUCCUUUGGUUCGUUUAUUGACAUGGAGAUAAACAAGAUGCCACCCGAUAUGGAAAUAAGAGCCAAAAAGUUAAUUACAGAUGUAAUUUGGAUGGGCCGCAAAGGUGAAUUGACAGAUGAAAUGCGGAUGUGCAAACCGGAUUAGCAUAAUACUUUCUUGUUUUCAAUAAAAAAACUAUAAAAAUUACAAAAUACAAAAAAAACAACAAAAAUUACCUGCAUAUAAUCUUUCAACGCUGUUAUGAUAGCGGAACAUGUUUCGGGUAUGAUGGACGAUAGCAGCGGCU